AUGUAUGACCUAAAUGUGACUACUGAAGAAAAGGUAUCCCCUCGAACCAUUCUAGACUUCAUCUUGAUUAGCUCUAGUGUUAUGUUACCCAAACAGUGCGGGUUGUGUGAACUUAAAAACCUCCAAGAGUUAGAUCUUAGUUGGAAUGAGUAUGAAGGAAUACUUCCUUCAUGUGUUGCAAACAUGACAUCUCUUAGAUUGGUUGAACUCUUACACAAUACUUUCACCAGAAAUAUUGCCUCCUCUCCACUUACGAAACUCACAUCGCUUGAAUAUAUCUCCAUUUCAAGUAACAACUUUCAAGUUCCAAUUUCUUUCAAGGCAUUCUUUAAUCAUUCCAGCUUUAAUUUUUUAUUUUUGGAAAACAAUGAAAUAAUAAAUGACGAGUUGGGAAAUUUGGUUCCCAAUUUUCAUCUAGAGGUUUUUAGUAUGCUAAACUCAAGAGGUUGUCCAUCACUACCCAGCUUCCUCUACUAUCAAUUCAAUUUGAGAAUUCUUCAUCUCUCAAAUAACAGCAUAGGAUGGAAUUUUCCAACUUGGUUGUUGGAGAACAACACAAGACUUAAGGGAUUAUACCUGAUGGAUAAUGCUUUUACAGGACCUCUCAAGUUGCCAACAAGCAUCAAUCCCAACAUGGAGAAUUUUGAUGUAUCUAAUAACAAGUUCAAUGGACAUGUUCCAACUAAUAUGACUUCAAUUUUUCCAAACCUAUUUGCAUUAAACAUGUCAACAAAUAUGUUUGACGGUUGUGUACCUUCCAGUUUCGAUGACUUAAAAUCUAUAAGGACAAAUAUUUCCAGAAUCUAUCAACCUACAGUUCUUGAACAAUUUAUAUCUGGAUAA